CUCUUCUCUAGUCGUUGUUUUUCUCGCUGCUGUGUAGUGGACGGACCACAAAACUGUCUCACACGAAUGAACCAACCGGACAAGCCACGAUACGCUCUGGUGACUGUCGGGACGACCAGCUUUGACGCGUUGAUCGCUGUCGUCACAAGCAAGUCCUUCCUGGACGUCUUAUGGCGCGUGCAUGGGAUUGGCCGCCUCGUUGUGCAAGUCGGGCGCGGUGCGAUUGCUCCAGAAGACAUUGCCACAGCUCCAUCAGACUCUCACGCUGCGGCAGAAGCGACCUCCAAGCAAGAAGAGCAACCAUCAUUAUCAUCGUCAUCGUCAAGCCAACGACGAGUCACACGAAGCCAGGCGACCAGCGUCAAUGGCGGCUCGGCUGCGUCGGACUCGGCUCGAGGCACCAGUCAUGAUCAUGAUCGCGUUCAGAUUGAAGCAUACAGAUUCAAGCCAUCGCUGAGCAAGGAUAUGGAGCACGCAGAGCUGAUUAUCGCUCAUGGAGGUGCUGGAACUAUUCUCGAGGCAUUACGAGCAGAUCGGAAAUUGAUCGUCGUCAUUAACGAAGACUUGCUGGGCAAUCACCAACACGAGCUCGCAGGCCAGCUCUCGGCAAAUGGCCACCUUCUUCAAACCAGCGUUAAGAAACUCGAACACACCGUUGCAACUGCAAAUCUCGCAGCACUAAAGCCACUCCCGCCAGGAAACCCAGCGCCAUUUGUUAACAUGAUUGAUUCGCUGAUGGGAUUUGCGCCAUAGCAAGCUGUUUUCAUGUGGUCAAUCAUCCUAAUAGAAAGUAG